AUGUUGCAAGCUGAAAUUUCCACGGAGGAACUUGCGGCGCACGUUCCGCGCCGCAGUCACUUGGCGCUUUUUGUGUCUGGCGCUUGUUCUACAUGUUCGGAGCAGAUAUUUGAAAAAGAAAACGUACCUGAACGACAGCCAGCGGUGCUACAUAUUAGCUACCCCAAUUUAAACCCUGAACUAGACGAUAUCUCAAUGAUUGUCAACUUGGACAAUGAAACAGAUCAACCUGACUGUCAGGAACUUCCUACCGUUGACAAUACAAAUACUGACAAAGAUAUAAUCAAUGAAACAGAACAAACUGACUACCACGAACUUCCUUUUGUUAUUGACAAAACCAAUACUAAUGAAGACGAACUUGACAAGGAUGAUGAAACCCGGCACUCUAAUAAUCAACACCCGGUUGUUACAAUUCCUAUAUCAGACCAACCAUUGAACUUUGGCCAAAAUCAGAUCAAUGAUAAAUGA